AUGACGUCCGCACAGAACAAUGUGGCCCUGUUAUCUAAUACUUCUCCACCCACCGCUGCACCCGAUGCUCCAGGAGUCAUUGUGAAACACAAAUACGACAAGCCAUCGUUUCUACCCAUUAUACGAAGAGUCCUCGUCCUCGCCGUUGCAUUUGGUAUAUGUCUGUUCCUCGCUGCCACUUGGUUUGCACAGGGAGUAUCCUGGAUCUACGACUCCAACCUCAAUACAUGGCCUAUUAUCGACUGCCCUGGUUUCAUCAUCAAUACGAGGGAUUCCCAUGUGGAUGGCCCGAGGUGCUCCACUAGUAUUGCUUACGCCGACAGCCUAGCCCGAUAUAUAGCAAGUAUUGGCCUCUCGCCCUCGGACAGCCAUCCCUCACAGUAUAAGGGUAAAUGCAUUAUACCUGAUGACUUCGAGGACGACAUUGUCUGCUAUAAUAGGAGGCCCUGUGAUCGCACUUGUUCUACCUUCCCGAUACCAGGUAGAUGCCCCGAUCCUGACACUCUACCUUAUGUUGAGACAGUGUCCAUAUACAAACAGGAUCUUUGUAUGGUUAUACUUGGUGAUAACCCUUUGCCGAUGCCCUUGGUUAUACCUUGCAAAGAGGUCUCUAUUGGUUCCUACUGUGAUUCCUCCUUCAAAGUGACUCCAUCUAAUAUGACUGCCAUUAGAGGUCUCAUCCUCGGCGCAGCCGUUGUUCUAUUCAUAUGGUUUAUGGGCGAGCUUAUUCUGCGUAAUGUUGAUAUUAAACUAAGCAAGGAACGUGCCGAAGGUAUGGCACGGCAAGCAGUGAUAUUGCCAGCUAAGAGGCAAGAGCUCCGAGGAAGGCUGGAGGAAAGUUGGGCUGUCGAAGCUAGCAUUGCUGGCAGCGACCAGGCAAGCACUGCGGCAGGGUCGGAGAGCUCAAUGACCAGAUAUACUGGCUCCAACUAUGGCAUGCGCUACCCUGACCAGUCUCCACAGCUCAUACCACCACUCAGCGCCCAUCAUGUGUCCCCACCUACUACUAUCGAUCGAAAUAUCAUUGAUUCAUAUCGUUACUCGACUCCAUCUGCAAUAAUGGGUUACUCUCCGAAGAGUAAUUCCAUGCCUGGUAGUAACAGCUCCUAUGGUGGUGUAUAUCGUAUGUCGGCAUUCGGUGGGGUUGGGUCUACAAGGAUAUCAAAGAGCCAGAUGGAGUCUAGAGAUCCCAGAAAGAGGUUCGAAUCAUGUGCUUGGCGUCGUCGGUUGAGGCAAUGGAAGGAGCUACAGAGCAAGAAGCAAGGCUCCUUCUCGAGUAGACAGUUGAUGAGAACAGUUAUCCUCAAUACUUUUUAUAUUGCGAUACUGGUCUGCACUAUGUACCUUAUUAUUUACAUGUCGCCACAGAACAGUACUGGUGGCGCUGAUGCUCUCGAGGUCUUGGAAGGUAAUGUAUCGAUAUGGGAAGUCCAUACCUGGUUGGACCUCAUUAUCUUCAUCGAUGUUAUCUUGGAUACUGGCCUAUUCCUUGCUGCUGCUAUAACAGUCAAGUGGCCCCGUGCUCCAGUAUUCAGUCGUCAUCUACAGGGUGCAUUGGAGUCUGUAGCUAGGCAGACUGAAGAUAACAAUGAUGAUGAUGGUCCUGAGCUCGCGUCAGAAAGUUCACCAUCAUCAUCGGCAUCGGCCUUAGACUCUGAGGAUAGUGGCUCGUUCUCUGGUAGCAGCACUAGUACUGAUACCCGCAGCCUUUCCUUUGUAUUAAAGCAAUCGCUCACGCACGACUGUUGCCUCAUGAUAGCAUGUCAUGAAUCUACUAUGACUAGGGAACGAUAUGAGCUAUUCUCUGGAACUCUUAGGGCAGCACUCAUGGUAUUCCCACCGUCUCACAUAUUCGUGUGUGAUAAUGGUAACAGUCCCGAACCUGUCGAUGAUACACAGAUGGCUACUAUAGAGGCCCAUCCCGAUAUCAACUAUAUUUAUGUUCCUGAGGGUAACAAGACAUUCGCCUUCUAUUGGUGUAAUAAGUUUUGGAUACCCUUCUUGGCGAGGCACUCUAAAGUGCCCAACUUCAAAUACGCUGUAAUCAUCGAUGAUGAUGUACCACUACCCGCUGAUUUACAUAUACCUCAUGAGCAUCUACGCAACCAUCCCGACAUCAAGGCUGUCCACUUUCCCAUCACUGCCACAGCUCCUGAUGGUAGAAGGAAUAUGCUAGUCAGGUGCCAGGAUGUAGAGUACAAACUAGCUGCUGUGCAUAAGCUCUUCCAGUCAACUCUCUCACGAUGCUUAUCGUGUCAUGGUGCCAUUGCAUUAUGGGAGCGACGAGCCCUCGAGAUGAUAUUCUAUGAGCAUGAUACCGUCUUCCAUGGGGAAGAUAUGUAUAUGGGUUUAUGUUUACUUCAUCGCCGUGAUGAUUCUAAGAUCAUAUCCUGUGCACAGUCAGUGGUCCCAACGUGA